AAUAGUCUCUAAUAAGCAGAAUGAUUAAUAAGACUUUUAAACCAAAAAAAUACGCCUAAUAAUAGCAAAUACAACAUGUUUUUAUGAGAAAAUAGUUUUUAUGAAAUUAUAAGAAAUGUACCAAGGGAAUGGCAAAGAAGUAAAUGUAGCAGGGAGCAGGGGGCAAAGGGUGGAGAAAGAAGACACAUAUUAAAGAUGGGAACGGCGCAGUGUCUGUCCUUUCCCGAUAAGCCCGGUUAUUUGCUCGAAUGGGGAUGAAAUGAACUGAAAGCUUUUCUUGCUCUCUUUCUCUGAUUUUUAUCUUCUUCACUUUAAGCCUCAUAUUCACUGAGUGAUAUACAAAUCACCCUCACUUCCAAUUCCCAUUUUCUUGGAUUCUUCUGUUCCGCUUGUUGUCCUAAGCCUCUCUUGCCAAAUAACUCAACCCUAGCUUAGCUGUAGCUAAAAGGAGAUGUGAUGUGACUAAGGAAAAAAGAAAAAGAAAAAAAGGAAAGCCAAAGCAGCUAGAGCUACCCAUAUUUUUAUUUGUUUUGGAACACAAAAAAAAUCCUGCUCCAAGGUUCUUCAUUUCUUUCUUUCUGUCUGCAUCUCUCUCUAGUUAUGGUACUGUUCUGCUUAGAGCUGAAGCUUCUUCGAAGUAUCUUUGAAGAGUUGUAGAUCUGUGUAUGGCUUUGGAUUCUAAGUUGUACUAGAAAAGAUCUGUUUUCACUUAAGUCAGUGAAGGGAAACAAAAGAGAGAGAGAAAAAGAGGGACAAAAAAAUCAAAAUAUAUCCUUUUUGGUUAUAUUUAUUGUCUGAGAAGUCGACACCUGUAACAACAACCAGCAUUGUUCAAAGCUGUGGCUGCCAUUUUUCAGGCUUUGCUUGGUGCAGCUGCAAAAGCUUAAACAAGAGAGAGAGAGAGAGAGGGGCAGGCUGGCUAAUCUUCCGACUUGGACCGUGAUAUAUCAAAGCGUAAAAAAAGGCCUUUUAUCACUUACAUAGCCAAAGUACUUUCUGUAUAAUUGUCAUCAAUGCAUAGGACAUCUCAACCCCACCUUCACUUCUUCCCUUGCACCAUCAGCACCACCAUCUCCUCCUUCUAUUUCUAACAUUACUCCAAAACCGAAGAUUUUCUCUCUCUGAAAGUGAAAUAAAAAAAAAAAGGUCAGGGGUUAUUGUUUGGUAGUGGGAGGUUUUGAGUUCUUGGUUUGUGAGAAAGGAAUGAAAGUGGUAUGGAGGUAGAUGGGAUUCAGACACAAGCCCGUAAGUUCUCAAGAGUUGGUAAUGGAAGAAACGACUCAAGCAAGAUAGGUCAAAAAAGAAGUGAAAACUACCAUGAUGAUGAGGAAGAUGGAGAGCUCAUCAAAAGGGUUGGUGCAAACAGUGGAGUAGGAGGAGGGGGAGGUGGUGGUGUAGCUGACACUAAUCGGCUUCGAGGUUGGAAUCACUCUUCGAGAAUUAUUAGGGUUUCUCGAGCCUCCGGUGGCAAGGACCGGCACAGCAAGGUUUGGACUUCAAAAGGGUUAAGAGACAGGAGGGUAAGGUUGUCUGUCAACACAGCUAUACAAUUUUAUGACCUACAAGAUCGGUUGGGCUAUGAUCAGCCUAGCAAAGCUGUAGAGUGGUUAAUUAAAGCAGCUGCUGAUGCAAUUGCGGAGCUUCCUUCACUUAAAGGUCCAUUUCCUGAUACUCCAAAGCAAUUGAGUUAUGAGAAAAGAGCUAGUGGAGGAACUGAACACGGGUUUGAGUCGGCUGAAGUGGAGUUAGAUGGUGAUCCAAACAAUUGCCAACAUAACCAAAGUCAGCACCUUUCUUUGUCCAAAUCAGCUUGCAGCAGCACAUCUGAGACUAGCAAGAAUUCAGGUUUAUCCCUUUCGAGGUCUGAUAUCCGUGUGAACCGUGCAAAGGCCAGGGAACGAGCCAGGGAAAGAGCAGCAAAAGAAAAGGAGAAAGAGCAAGAGUCUCGCGUUGCACAUCAUCAAAAUGUGAACCCCAUUUCUCAAAACUCCUCCUUUACUGAGUUACUUACCGGUGGCAUUGGCAGUGUUAGCAACAAUAAUACUAGUUCUACAGCUUCAGCUCAUCAAAACCCCAAUGCGGAGCCUUAUUUUUUCCACAAGGCCAAUACUGCCAGGCAGUGGCCUGUAACUCAAAUGGAUUGCUUUACCACGGGGCUCCUUGGACCUUCAUCUUCUUCUUCUAGAAGUCAUCAUUCUUCGGGAUUUCCAGGACCAAUCCAACUAGGAAACUCUUUACCACAAGCAAUACCAAUACCACCAUUCAAUGCGUUGAGUGAAAAUCAUCAAGAGUUGCAGCAUUUUUCGUUUGUUCCAAAUCCUGAACAUCUGAUCCCAGUGGCAACAACACAACCGGGGCCAGGGGGUGAUUACAACCUUAACUUCACAAUCUCUUCCUUCCUUGCUGGUUUCAAUAGGGGGACCCUUCAGUCCAAUUCUCCGUCUUUUUUGCCUCAUCACCUACAGAGGCUUUCUUCUAUGGACGGAUCAUCACCCUUCUACAUUGGCACACCACCAAUGGAGAAUCACCAUCACUAUCAGUUCCCAGCUGGAUUAGAUGGCCGUUUGCAGCUUUGCUAUGGGGAUGGCAGCAGGAGCUCAGACCAGAAAGGAAAAGGAAAGAACUAAUCAGUUUCCUUAAAACGUUUCCUCUUGGCCUCAUCUUCUCUGGAAAGCAAAACAUUGAGGAAAGCUGCAGUGGCAAGCAGUGAGUGAAAGCACAUUUCCUGCCUGCAUUUGGGUGAUAUCUAUGUAUUUCUGGUUUAUCCAUUUUGAAGUCAUGAUUUCGUUGGCAUUGGCGUAUUGGGAUAAUAUUUAUCUAUGUAUGCAAAAGCAUUGUGUGUUUCCAACAAGUGCAACAAAACAACAAUUCGAUUGAAGUUAUUCUUUUUUCCUCUAUCUUAUUGAAAAUUGUCCAUAUAAACUUAUUAGAUAUUUUAAAAACUAUUGCAUGAGCUAAACUACGGAAUCGAAGUGUGACUGUUUUGCUUGCAAAAGAACAUGUUAAAAAUUACACUGAGUGGGAGCAUUGUAUGAGAAAAAAAAGAGCUGAAAAUCAGGACUGACAUUUGAUCUGUGUAACAAUAAGAACCCGCCUCUAAUUUAGUGAGAAACAGUGAUCAAAAGUGAAGCUUAGUUUAUAUGUAUUGCAGAAAAAAAAAAGUGUGGGGGAGCUUAAAUCGUGAGUGACUGAUCUACUUUACAAGUCACAACCAUUGCCGGCCUAAAUAUUAGCAUGUGGGACUUGAUUUUCUUUAUCUGUUCCUAAUAUUUUGGUUUCACUUCUUUGUUGUUUAAUCGGGAUAAAAUAUAUAUUUAUAGAUUAAGACAACCAUGAAAUCUUCAUCAAUUCUCUUAAGGCCAAAGUCAAAAGGGAAGAGGAAGGGGGGGUG